UGGGCUUCUGGAUACUGGUGUUUGUUUGAUGCAGAUGAGAAAAUGGCGGCUUCCUGGGCGGCAUGAGAAGUAGCCAAAGACAGUACUAGCUUCUCAUUUUAACUGAUAUAAUUAUCUGGGUGCAAUUUCUUAAAUUGAGUCCCGCUCUCGAGACUUUUGAUUAGUUACAAUUAACGUAGGAACUUCAUCUCCCGGCACAAUGGCAUCUGGCUCAGUCCUGCAGCCACGGUGGAAGCGGGUUUUGGGUUGGUCCGGUCCUGUCCCCCGGCCCCGACAUGGGCACCGUGCGGUUGCAAUCAAAGAAUUGAUGGUCGUUUUCGGGGGGGGAAAUGAAGGAAUUGUGGAUGAGUUGCACGUUUAUAACACAGCGACCAACCAGUGGUUCAUUCCUGCUGUCCGUGGUGAUAUCCCGCCUGGCUGUGCUGCGUAUGGUUUUGUGUGCGAUGGCACCAGGCUGCUGGUGUUCGGAGGGAUGGUGGAAUAUGGCAAAUACAGCAACGAUCUGUAUGAACUGCAGGCUAGCCGCUGGGAGUGGAAGCGUCUGAAGGCCAAAUCUCCUAAGAACGGCCCUCCUCCCUGUCCCCGUCUGGGCCACAGCUUCUCCCUGGUAGGGAACAAAUGCUACCUUUUCGGAGGACUGGCUAACGACAGCGAGGACCCCAAGAACAACAUCCCCAGAUACCUGAAUGAUCUGUAUACGUUGGAGCUGCGUGCUGGCUCUAGUGUGGUGGGCUGGGACAUCCCCAUCACCUACGGGGUGUUGCCCCCGCCCAGAGAGAGCCACACCGCCGUCGUCUACACAGAGAAGUCCCGUCUGGUCAUCUAUGGAGGCAUGAGUGGUUGUCGUCUGGGGGAUCUGUGGAUCUUAGACAUAGACACCCUCACGUGGAAUAAGCCCUCGAUCAACGGAACAGCUCCUCUCCCUCGCAGUCUCCACUCUGCCACAACGAUCACCAACAAGAUGUUCGUGUUCGGAGGCUGGGUUCCCCUGGUGAUGGAUGACGUCAAAGUAGCGACACACGAGAAGGAGUGGAAGUGCACUAACACACUGGCCUGUCUCAACCUAGACUCGAUGGUGUGGGAGUCAGUUCUACUGGACUCUCUAGAGGAUAAUAUCCCCAGGGCCCGAGCUGGACACUGCUCCGUGGCCAUCAACUCACGUCUGUACGUCUGGAGCGGACGGGACGGCUACCGCAAGGCCUGGAACAACCAGGUGUGCUGUAAGGACCUCUGGUACCUGGAGACAGAGAAGCCCCGCCCCCCGUCACGGGUGCAGCUGGUGAGAGCCAACACCAGUAGCCUGGAGGUGAGCUGGGGGGCGGUACCUACUGCAGACACCUACCUGUUGCAGCUGCAGAAGUACGAUAUCCCCCCCGCCCCGGCCGCCACCACGCCCGGCGUCAGCCCCGCGACGCCACUGCCGGUCAAUUCCUCCCCCAAAAGCCCCGUCUCGGCCUCGGCAGUGUCCGCCCAGGGCCACCCUCUCCAGGGCAUCACCCUGGUUCCCUCCAUGCCUGGGAGUCCAGUUCCUGCUCGCGGACCAGCUAUUCUUAAGGUGUCUGCUCCCCAUUCCACCACAGGCGCCUCCAUCGUCACGGUGAGACAGGCCAACCAGGGCGGGAAAUCCCCUGUCAUGGUUACAUCACUUCCUGCUGGGGUCCGAAUGGUGGUGCCGGCCCAGGUCGCACAGGGAACCCCAAUGGGCAGCAGCCCUCAGAUGAGUGGCAUGGCUGCGUUGGCUGCAGCAGCUGCGGCCACUCAGAAGAUCCCGCCCUCCACGGCCACCAUGCAGCUGCCAGCCGGUGCCACCAUAGUCAAGACAGUAGCCAUGAGCCCUGGCGCACAGACUGUCAAAGUAGCUUCGCCUGUUAUCAUUAGUAACCCAGCUACUCGCAUGCUGAAGACUGCUGCGGCUCAGGUGGGCACGUCAGGUGUUGCCACACCCGGAACGCCCAAUCGGCCAAUCAUCACCGUGCACAAGUCUGGCACGGUGACAGUUGCCCAGCAACACCAGGUGGUUACCACGGUAGUGGGAGGAGUCACCAAGACCAUCACUCUGGUUAAGAGUCCUCUCACUCUGGGGGGAGGUGGCACGCUGCUGACCGCGGCCAACCAGGGUCAAAACAAAGUGAUGUCUGGGAAGGACGUGCAGCAUUGGCUGUCUAACCUGUCCAACCUGGGGAAGGUGAUGUCCGUGGUCCAGACCAAGCCUGGUCAGACAGGAGCGGUUACGGGACAGGCUGGCUCCAGCCUCCAGCACAUCCUACAGGUCAUUUCUUCCUGUCCAGUGGUGCCAGACGGGACAGUGGUCCUCUUCAGCGGUGCCUGGUUGUGGGCCACCGUAGUUGUGGGCAAGCCCACCAUCUUGUCCUACAGCAGCAUGCCUACUUCCACCUCCAAGCCGGGCACCCACAUUAUCAAGACCAUACCCAUGUCCUCCAUCGGACAAACGGGAGUGACAGGAAGUGGUAUGAAGUCCCCCAUUACCAUCAUUACCACUAAGAUGAUGACACCAGGCACCGGGACACCAGGCAAGAUCAUCAGCGCAAUGCCCAGAACUGGGGCUGGUCAACAGGGACUCACACAGGUGGUGCUGAAGGGUGCCCCAGGACAGCCCGGAACUAUUUUACGGACCGUCCCCAUGGGAGGUGUACGUCUCGUCUCCCCGGUAACGGUUUCCGGUGUCAAACCUAAUGUCACCACCCUGGUCGUCAAGGGAACCACAGGUGUGACUACGUUGGGUACGGUGACUGGCACAGUGUCGACCAGCCUGGCAGGAGGAAGUGUUGCCACCGUUGCUCCUAUCACCACCUUGGGCACCAUGACGACCCUGCCUGGACAGGUCACUGUCUCCGCAGCACAGGCAGGAGGCCAGGCCACCCAGGUGACCUUAAUCACUUCCCCUAGCGGUGUGGAGGCGCAGCCUGUCCAUGACCUUCCUGUCUCCAUCCUGUCGUCCCCCACCUCCGCCGACCCCUCCUCCACCCAGCCUGAGUCAGGCGACCCAGGCACCGUGACCCUGGUCUGCUCAAACCCCCCCUGCGAGACCCACGAGACCGGCACUACUAAUACAGCUACCACGGCCUCCGCUAACAUGACUGGUAAUGGUGGGGUGGAGAGGGUGUGUUCAAACCCGCCGUGCGAGACCCACGAGACCGGCACCACCAACACUCAAACGACAGCGUCCUCCAACAUGGGCCAGGUACAACAGGUGUGCACCAACCCGCCGUCAGAGACCCACGAUACAGGUACCACCAACACCCAGACCACCGCCAGCUGUAACAUGGGAUCCAACCAGCAACAACAAGGCUCCUGCGUAACCAACAACGCCAGCGGGUCUGAUCCCCCGUCCUCUCCGCCCCCCUCCUCCUCCGGAGACCUCUCCCCCUUGUCUGUUUCUGGUACCAGCUCUGUGCCCGGGGUGCUACGACCGGAGACUCUGAGAACAGGGACCACCUACACCUCGACCACCGCGCGCUCUAACAUGGGCUCUGACCAGAUGGGCAUGACGCCCAGCUCCUCGUCCUCAGAUAACCAGAGCAAGUCAUCCAGCAAUGGAGGAGGAGGAGGAGGAGGAUCCCCCCUCACCUCUCCUGUCUGCUCCAAUCCACCUUGUGAAACACACGAGACUGGAACUACCACUACCUCGACGCAGGACAACUCCAGUGUGGGCAUCGGGCAGACUACAGGGACAGUGCAAAAGGUGUGUUCCAAUCCACCGUGUGAAACACACGAGACCGGAACCACCAACACCCCGUCUCAGACUACGUCCAACCUGACAGGAACGGGCACGGUCCAGAGAGUGUGUUCCAAUCCACCGUGUGAGACACACGAGACCGGAACCACCAACACCCCGUCUCAGACUACGUCCAACCUGACAGGAACGGGCACGGUCCAGAGAGUGUGUUCCAAUCCACCGUGUGAGACACAUGAAACAGGGACGACCAACACAGCUACCACAGCCCAGCCUGGUGACUCGACACAAGGAGACAACGGAACUCAAGAGGCUCCCUCGUCGUCCUCGGCAACCACCGAGUCCAGCGCAUCGACGACAUCUGGCAGAGCCGUCACCACGGUUACUCAGUCCACGCCCACACCUGGGCCCUGCGUACCUGAGAUCUCAUCAAUGUCUGGGUCGUCCGAGGCGGUGGCAUCGAGGGCUGAAGAGGAAGAGGAGGCCAUGCAGACCGACUCUCUCCCAGAGGGCACAGUGAGGGUUGUGACCCUGGAAGAGGCUACUGCAGCUGGGAUACAUGUCCAUGUGGAGGACAUGGAGGAACAGAACCAGGGGGAGCAGGAGGGCCUGCCUGCGGAGCUGAUGUCUGAAGGUGGCUCGGGGGGCCAGCAGACCCUGAUGGUGACAGGUUUAACCCCCGAGGAGCUGGCUGUUACCGCUGCAGCCGAGCAGGCGGCACAACACGCUGCUACUGAGGAGGCCCAGGCCAAGGCCAUACAGGCUGUCCUGCAGGCCGCACAGCACGCUGUCAUGAAUGAAGGAGACGGUGGCCAUCACACCACCACCAUCCCCAUUGUGUUGACUCAGGCUGAGCUGGCAGCCCUGGUACAACAACAGCAGCAGCUGCAGGAGGCCCAGGCUCUUGCUCAGGCCCAGGCUCUUGCUCAGGCCCAGGCUCUUGCUCAGGCCCAGGCAGCAGCAGCAGCAGCACAACACAACCAGGCAGCAGCACAACACAACCAGCCCACUGAGGGCCUGGCCCCAGCAGACAGCCUGAACGACCCAUUGUCAGAGACUAACGCCGAUGAGCUGGCUGCUGCAGUGACCCAGGCUGUGGCCCGAUUAGCUCCGUCCUGCACCUUAACCCCCACUCAGACAAUGAUGGUGACCAGCCCGGCUAAGAUACAGGCAGCUACAACCAUGGCAGAGGUGGUCAAUGGAAUAGAGUCUGCCGCUGGGAGGCCAGCACCACCUCCUGCGGUGGCCAAAGCCCCGCUGAAGAAAGACACCCAGUGGUUUGACGUUGGCAUGGUCAAGGUGACCAACACGGUGGUCACGCACUACUACCUACCCGACGAAGACGCGGCUGCCGUUGAUGAUGACUCUGGGACGAUCCCGGACUACAGUCAGAUGAGGAAGAUGGACCUCCAGCCAGGGACGGCCUAUAAAUUCAGAGUGGCCGGGAUCAACACCUGUGGUCGAGGGAACUUCUCAGAGGUCUCGGCCUUCAAGACGUGUCUACCAGGCUUCCCCGGAGCUCCCUGUGCUAUCAAGAUCAGCAAGAGCCCAGACGGUGCCCACCUGACCUGGGAGCCUCCGUCGGUCACAUCUGGUAAGAUCAUUGAGUACUCGGUGUACCUGGCCAUCCAGAGCGCCCAGAGCGGGGAGCAGGCCAAGCCCACCACCACCACCACCCCAGCCCAGCUGGCUUUCAUGCGGGUGUUCUGUGGGCCCAACCCUUCCUGCCUGGUGCAGUCGUCCAGCCUCUCCAACGCACACAUAGACUACACCACCAAGCCUGCCAUCAUCUUCCGCAUCGCAGCUCGCAACGAGAAAGGUUACGGCCCUGCCACGCAGGUCAGGUGGCUCCAAGAGAUUAGUAAAGAUGGCCUUCCAGGCAAACCUACCGUGAAGAGACCAGGUUCCUCACCUGACAUGAAACCUGCUGGUCCGAAGAAGGCCAGAUCAGACCAGUGAGGGGUUACCUUCCUCUCCCCUUGUUGUCCAUGAUGACUAUGACUGAACUGAAUACAAUACCGCAGGCUCCACCUAGACCCCGGACUCCAACCUCUACCAGAACCCCAUCUAACCCUACAACAGCACAUCCUGAACCCAGACCAGGCCCCCCA